AUGUUUUUACCGUCUCUAUUUGUUGCUUUCCACAUCUCUUUCUCUCUCUCCACCUUUUCCACUUCUCUCUUUCCAUCUAUUCCCAUCUCUCUCUUACUACCAUUCACUUUUCCACCUCUCUCUUUACAUCUCUCUCUUACUACCAUUCUCUUUUCCACCUCUCUCUUUACAUCUCUCUCUUUUCACCUCUCUCUUUCCAUAUCUCACUUACCACCUCUCUAUUUCCAUCUCUCUCUUACUACCUCUGUCUCUUUCCACCUAUCUCUCUCUCUCUUACCACAUCUGUCUCUUUACAUCUCUCUAUUCCCUUCUCUCUCUCUCUCUGUUACCACCUCUUUCUCUUUCCACUUCUCUCUCUUACCACAUCUGUCUCUUUACAUCUCUCUAUUCCCUUCGCUCUCUCUCUCUCUCUCUCUCUCUUACCACCUCUUUCUCUUUCCACCUCUCUCUCUUUCCACCUGUCUAUUUCAAUCUAUCUUUUACCGCCUCUCUCCCUUUUCACUUGUCUCUUUACACCUCUCUAUUUCAAUCUACCUCUUACCAUAUCUCUCUUUUUCCACCUCUCUCAUUCCAUCUCUUUCUUAUCACCUCUCUCUCUCUUUCCACCUCUCUCUUUCUAUCUCUCUAUUUCCAUCUCUUUCUUAUCCUCUCUCUCUUCCCCACCUCUCUCUUUCUAUCUCUCUAUUUCCAUCUCUUUCUUACCACCUCUCUCUCUUCCCACCUCUCUCUUUCUAUCUCUCUAUUUCCAUCUCUUUCUUAUCACCUCUCUCUCUUCCCACCUCUCUCUUUCUAUCUCUCUAUUUCCAUCUCUUUCUUACCACCUCUCUCUCUUUCUAUCUCUCUAUUUCCAUCUCUUUCUUACCACCUCUCUCUCUUCCCACCUCUCUCUUUCUAUCUCUCUAUUUCCAUCUCUUUCUUAUCACCUCUCUCUCUUCCCACCUCUCUCUUUCUAUCUCUCUAUUUCCAUCUCUUUCUUACCACCUCUCUCUCUUUCUAUCUCUAUAUUUCCAUCUCUUUCUUAUCACCUCUCUCUCUCUAUCCACCUCUCUCUUUCUAUCUCUCUAUUUCCAUCUCUUUCUUACCACCUCUCUCUCUCUAUCCACCUCUCUCUUUCUAUCUCUCUAUUUCCAUCUCUUUCUUACCACCUCUCUCUCUCUCUUCCCACCCUUCUCUUUCUAUCUCUCUAUUUCCAUCUCUUUCUCAUCACUUCUCUCUCUUUCCACCUCUCACGUCACUUUUCUCUGA